GUCUUUCUCGCCUCGCCAUUUCGGAACAUCAUCCGCUGAAAGAGAACACAGCUAGGGCUUGAAGUCCUCCAUAACUGAGAUAGCCUAAUGGAAGAAGCGAUAGCAGAGAAGAAAGAAACUGAGAGCAGAACCGUCGACAACACUCAGCCGCCGACCUCUCUGACGGAGAGAGAAGCCGAAGAUCGCGAGCGCAUCGCCCAAGAUCUCAAAGCCGGCCUUCAUCCUCUCAAGAACAAAUAUGUGUUUUGGUAUACUCGCCGGACUCCAGGACUUCGCACACAAACAUCAUAUGAGGACAACAUAAAGAAAAUAAUGGAUUUCAGUACAGUUGAAGGUUUUUGGGUCUGCUACUGCCAUUUGGCUCGUCCCUCAACAUUGCCAUGCCCAACUGAUUUGCAUCUUUUCAAAGAGGGAAUUCGUCCUUUGUGGGAGGAUGCUGCCAAUUGUAAUGGUGGCAAGUGGAUAAUUCGAUUCAAAAAAGCUGUAUCUGGUCGCUUUUGGGAGGACUUGGUUCUGGCAUUGGUGGGCGAUCAACUUGAUUAUGGUGACAACAUAUGCGGUGCAGUCCUAAGCGUUCGAUUCAAUGAGGAUAUAUUAAGUGUGUGGAACCGCAAUGCAUCAGACCAUCAGGCUGUAAUGGCACUCAGAGACUCAAUCAAGCGGCACUUGAAGCUACCUAGUGGCUAUGUCAUGGAAUACAAGCCUCACGACGCUUCUCUGCGUGACAACUCAUCAUAUCGGAACACUUGGUUGAGAGGCUAAAAGUACAUGUUUCUGUCCUGAAAUGCAAGACCGGGACUUAAAAGGCGAUGAUUUUGUUGGUCUGUGUACGGAUCAUGACCAUAAACAACCAUGGAGAUCUUAUUUCCUCAGAGAAAAGGGCAAAAGUCAAAGGACACUUUGGUGCUUUGUAUUUCAAAACUCCAUGUAUUAAAACACACUUAUCUCUAAAAUUUUAGUGUUGGGAUCAA